CUCAUCUGCGAAUUUCAUGUCAAACAAAUGCCAGCAGAAAAGGAGUUAUCAGCCAACCAAGUGCCUAUGAACUAUGGUUUCAUUUACGUCCAUUUUCAGCAUGAACCAAACCCCAGCGAUUCACUCAAGUUCUCCCUUUUUCUUCAAUUGGGUACAUCACACAACUCACCAAACUACACAAUAUCAUAGCAAGAAGCUAGGGCAUUCCUCUUCCCCUUUAUUGAAAAGCUGCAAGACUAUCCAUCUUCUUCCUCCGAAUUUCCCAUAAAUUCGCCUACAUCUUUCUGUGAUCAUCUCUUCUGUUUAGCCAGCUAGCUUCCAUGAAGAAUUUCAAGUAUCCUGUGCCAGAGCAUCCAUCUUCAAGCUUCUUUCUCCCCCCAGAUCAUCCCAUUUCAGGUCUCCUUCAUUUAUCCGUUUUUUUGUUUUCAAUUUUCUGUCUUAAACAAAAAAAAAAAAAUCAGUAAAUGCUUACUUAACUACUUAACUCUAAUGUUUGUGUAAGUGAUGCACAUGGUUGUCUGUCACUUUUAGUUUCAUCCAUUGGAUAAAAGAGGAGUUUUGUUAUGACCUUUUCUUGAAAUGCAUAGCCAGUCUGCAUUCUGCAAAGACUUGAUAUUUUUCCUUUUUUUGUUUUGCUAAUGGAGGAUGAAUGUGGAAGGAAAUGUGACAGUGUAAUUGCUAUAGUUUUGAAUGAAACAAAAAGAUUGGUUCUUUUAUUUUAGAUUUGGGACACUCUCAGAGAGAGCUGGAGAAGAAAAGAAUAAGGGAGGAGAUAAUUGCUCAAGAGGAUGCAAAAAGAAGGAUUCUUGAAGCAGAGGUCAGAAUGGAGCUAAGGAUGGAGAGGGAGGCUUCCAUGCUAAGGGGUGACCCCAAAGUUUCUUCUUCUGAGGAGUUUGUAAAGAGAUCUGCAGAACCCAGGGGGGCACUGCCUGAUGAGAGGUCACUGCAGGACAUUAUAGUUAAGCUUGUUGAUGAGAGGUUAGCCUUGUUAAUCUCUGGUAAUGUGAGGGCUGCAAAACAAGAUCUAAAUGUUCCAAAGUCUCCUGAAGAAGUGGACAGGCUCAUCUUAAAGCCAAAGACUGAUGAUGUAGAUGUGUCUGAAGGAUUAAAGCAGGAGGUUGCCAUUAAUAGUGAGCUCUUUGAUAAGAAGAAAAUCAAACAAGACUGGAGUUGUGACCUAUGUCAAAUUACGGCCACGAGUAAGGCGAGCUUAAAUGAUCACUUCCAAGGGAAGAAGCACAAGGCCAAAGAAGCACCAGGGAAGAACUUCAGCAUUGGCCUUUCCCUGAACAGCCCAAAGCUCGACAUGCCCAAAGAAAGCUCAAUGGUGGUAAUUACAGAUGAGAAAAGUGCAGCAUCGGGUCAAACCCAAGAAAAGACUGAGGUGAAGAAGAGGAAAAACUACAAGUUCUGGUGUGAGAAUUGCGGGACAGGAACUUUUUCAUCAAAAGUGAUGGAAGACCACAAGACGGGGAAGAAGCAUUUGUCUAAGGUGGAGAAGGACAGUGCAGGGAUUUGAAAAGCCGCAGCAAUAAUGCAGGAAGAUUGUUUAGCUUCAUUCUUGUUAGUUGUAUUUAGAGGCAUAACUAGGUUACAUUAACAAACAUUGAGGUUACUACUCUCAGUGGAGGGAGUAUUACUUAACUAACCAAUUAUUGUGCCUAAUUAUAAAGGUUAGUGAUAGUUGUUGUGUUAACAUGCUCUAAGAAAUAUACUUUGCAACAAACGGGUUUAUGUGUAGAAAAUUCUGAUCAUCAAUUGUGUUUUAACUACUACAUCAGAGUAGUAGUUAAAGAGCUUUCAGCUUUGAGUAUUCUUGAGUUUUAUUACAAGU